AUGGCUUCUGUCCCAGAACACGAGCAAGACUCUCAACCGGGUAUUCGAAAAAUAAUUUCUACCGGAGCAUUCCCAUCUCCUGAUUCAUACUGGCAUCCCAAUUUCACCACCUCCAUAAUCCCAAUAAAUUGCUGGUCCCACAACGAUGAGCAUCAACCCAUCUCCCUAUAUACCGCUCUCGCGGCCGGCUGUAUAGCCAUCGAAGCCGAUUGCUUCACUCCUUCUUAUUACUCUUCAUCUUACUUCCCUGCUUCGCUAUUUUCAUAUUUCUCGUCACCAGAAGUUCCAAUUCCCGAAAAUGAUCUCCUCGUCGGCCACGAAACCUCAGAACUUCACCUCACAAGGACGCUCUCAGCUCUUUAUUUAAAUCCACUCCUUGAGAUUUUGAUACAACAGAAUAAAGCUGCAGGAAACCCGACUCAGAGAGUAGGAGUCUGGAAUGAGAACCCGUAUCUACCAUUACAUUUAACAAUCGACUACAAAACCGUUUCAUCCGGGCACGAUGGAAUUCCCAUUCUUCAUUCCCUCUUAGAACCCCUACGAACCGCAGGUUUCCUCACCUACUACGAUACCCUCAAUGAAAAACUAGUUCCCGGUCCUUUAACCAUCGUCGGGACUGGCGAUGCCGAUUUCGAAUUGAUAUGCGCAUAUGAACGCGUCUAUAUUUUCAAAGAUGCUCGAUUCUUCAACUUCCUCCCUUCUCAAAAUCCAUAUAAUUCACUUUACGUAUCCGCUAAUAUUUCCACUUCCAUUGGUCGAUUCUCUAAAUCCAAAGGGCCUACAAAAGAACAAGUAAAGAGUAUAAGGAAGGAAUGUAGAGAGGUCAGGGAAAGAGGAUUAAUACCUAGAUAUUGGGGAACGCCAGAUGAUGAGGAAUGGUGGAGGGUGUUGGUGGAAAGUGGAAUUGAAGUGUUGAAUUGUGAUGAUCUUGAGCGUGGGGGAAGGUGGUUGAGGGGAUGUGUUGUGAAUGGAGUCGGUGUAGGAGCCUUGUGGAAGGAAUAUGUUAAAGAAGGGGAAGAGGAAGGCUGGGAAGGAGGGUGUACAGUCUUGUGA